AUGCCACCACAAGACACAUGUGUACCAUCAAGUCUUACUCUUCGUUGUCCAGCUGGUUCUGUAAUUGUUGUUACAAGCGCUGAAUAUGGUGUUGCACAAGUCGAUGGUUCAUGUAGCUAUACACCAGGUGAUUGUAUUGCUGAUGCAAUGAGUAUAGUCGUAUGUGUAAGUGAUUCUGUUACAUGUAGUAUAUAUGCAACAAAAAAAAAACUACCAGAAUGUAAUGAUCAAUUUGGUAGUUAUGUUCACAUUGAAUAUGAUUGUGUACCAAUGUCAAUGAAUGAUCCAGCACAAGAAUAUAAUGUAUGUCAACAAAAUAGUACAGAUAUAACAAGUGAUCGUGGAAUAUUAAAAAGUCCUGGUUAUCCAUCACAAUUUCAACUUACACCAUCUGAAUGUUUUCGUGCUAUACAUGUACCAGACAAUAAAGUAGUUCGUUUAUGGUUAUCUGAUUUAUAUGUUAGUUCAGCAGGUAUCAAUUGUCCCAACGAUCAUGUAUACGUUGUUGAUAAUGUUCAAACAUUUCGACACUGUGGUCUUAAACGAUAUGCUUAUCCAUAUUUAUGUUCAUCGACUAUUAUUAUUCAAUACAAGACUACAACGCAAAGUUCAUUUUACCGUGGACUGAGAAUGUAUUUUGAAAUAGUUGAUCGAUCACCAAAUGACAACUGUCCAACUGGAUCAGUAACACCUGUGCCAGCAACAACACCAAGUACAACAACUAUCGAAACAGAUGUAACAACAGCUAUACCCAUUUAUGUUGUACUUGGUAUUGCAUCUCCAAUUCGAAGUUUUCAAAUUUGCAAAGGUGAAUCACAUACACUUCAAUGUCCAAAUAAUUAUGUUGUAGCUGUAAGAACAAAUAUAUAUGGUGUUACUCCAACGGAUCAAUGUGAAGAUCAUGAUGCAAGUAAACAUUGUGUUCUUGCGACAGAUCCAACAUUUUAUUGUCGACAAAGUUGUACAUAUAUGUAUACAGGUAAUCGAGUUAUUCCAUCAUGUAGUAAUAAAAUUGCUGCUUAUCAAUAUGUUGAAUAUCAAUGUAUACCAUUAAAAACUGAACUUGUUUCACCAAAUACAACAUGUCCAGCUGAUGGUUCAAAAGUUCCAAUACAAAUUGAUCGUCGAGGUCGUUUUCAAAGUUAUAGAUAUGGUAGUUUUGUUAUGGUAAAAAUGAAUUGCACAUAUCGAUUAAAAACAAAACCUGGUGAUAUUAUGCAUAUUUAUUCACUUGAUGUUAGUUUAAGUGAUUAUUCAUCGGACUGUACAGAAAAUAAACUAUCAUUUGUUGAAGAUGGUGAAACUCAAGGUUCAGAUUUUUGUGAAGAACGAUCAUUUAGAUUACUUUAUUCAACUUGUUCAAAUGAAAUUGAUAUGCGUUAUAUUGUUACAGAUGAUAGUAUGUAUUUCUCAGAUGGUGCUGAAUUAUAUAUUGAAAGUCAAGCACGUCCAUCAGAUUGGUCUUGUGGUAAACCUUUACCAACAACACCUAUUCCACCAACUCAACCAACAAUACCAAUUGUAACACAAACAGCAGUACCUUUAACAAAUGAAACAUCUAUGUUUGCACGUGAUGAACUUGAAACUGAUAUUUGCUUUAAAGGUACAUCAAGUUAUACAUGUCCACUUGGUUAUACAUUUAUUAUGAUUGAUGCUUUCUAUGGUGUUAAAAAACAAUCAUCAAAUAAAUGUGGAUUUGUUCAAGGAGACUGUGUACAUGAUGCAUUACCAUCUUUAACAAUAUGUCGAAAUGAUGCAGCAGGUUGUUUUAUGUCAUACCCAACACAACGUCGUCUUGCUCAAUGUUCAGAUAAUUAUGCUGAUUAUCUACAUAUAACACAUCAAUGUGUACCAAGUCGACCAGUUGGAACUCCACCACCUAUAACCAUGUAUGAUAUUUGUGAUACAAAUGCUCCUAUUGCAAAUGUUAACGGAGUUGUUACUAGUCCAAAUUUUCCAACUUAUAAACAAACAAAUACUGAAUGUAAAAGAUCACUCGUAGGUAUGACAGAUAGAGUUUUAAAAAUUUGGAUGAAUGAAAUGGCUGUAUCAAGCGAUGGUGUACGUAGUUUAGCUGAAGAAUCAGAUGAACCUGAUUUGGUUAUCUAUAAAAAUUAUGAUACAAAAAAUUUAAAUGAUUUCGAAAAAUUAAAUCCAUCAAUUCGUGAUGUUUGUAUAAAAGAUUAUUUAAUAAUAAAUGCUCCACAUGUAGCUUAUGUUUAUUGUGGUACUCGUAAAUUUGCUAUGGCACCUAUUUGUGCAGCAAAUAUAGAUAUUCAAUAUAAAACAACAUCAGCAGCAAAUUUUCUUUAUAAAGGUUUUAAAUUAUAUUUUGAAUGGGUUCCUAAACCAAUGGAUAUAAUUUGUGAUAAUAAUCCAUUACCACCAACAACAACACCUAUUGAUGAAAUAAUACCAGGUUGGGCACAAAAUUUACAACUUUCUCCAAUACUUUCUGCCCAAAUAUGUCUUGGAACAGCACAUACAUUACGAUGUCCUCGUGGAUCUGAUUAUGUUCUUUCUAUAAUUUCAUCAAGUUAUGGUGUAACAGGUACAGGUCUAUGUGAAAUUCCAGCAUCAAAUCAUUGUCAUCAAGAAGCAUCACUUGGUUUAACAUGUACACAUUCAUGUUUUAUUGAAUAUAUUAUUCCAAGACCACUUACACAAUGUAAUGCACAAAAUGCUGAUUAUAUUAGUAUAGAUUAUGAAUGUAUUCCUACACGUUUACCAAAUUCUGAAAAUCCAAUUGAUAUAUGUGCAUCAACAACAACAGAUACAAUUGCAAUGAAUUCAGGUAUAAUGAUUAGUCCACAAUAUCCAAUAUUAGGUGCUGCACGUACUUGUUCAAAAAAAAUUGAAACAUUACCAAAUAAAUUAUGGAUGGUUUUUAUUGUUGAUUUAUUUUUGGAAGGAGGAAGUACUAAUGCUGGUACUUGUGAUGCAGCAUCAUUAAAUAUUUAUGAUGGAAAUGAUAGAAUUAUUCUUUGUGGUUUACAACAACCUGAAUUAGUUUUAGUUAGUUGUUCAAAUAUAGUUGAAUUUAAAUUUGUUUCAACUCAUCAAGCACUUGGUUAUCGUGGUUUUAAAAUAUUUUUUCAAACAAUUGAUGUACCUAGUAAUUGGGCAUGUAAACCAAGUGGUUUUACAACUCCAGCAAUAACAACAACAACAACUCGACCACCAACAACAUCAGGUGCAUUACCACCUAGUUUUCAAAUUGUUGCUUAUGGCGGAACAACAAAUAAUACACGUCAAUAUUGUAAAUUUCCAUUUACAUAUCAAGGCAAUUCACAAGCAAAUUGUCUUAGAACAGAUCCACCAAGUUCACCAUCAGGUCAAACACUUAAAGAACCAUGGUGUUCAUUAACAAGUAAUUUUGAUACGGAUCGUCAAUGGGGAUAUUGUGAAUUAGGUGUUACUGAUUCAACAUUUUAUGAUAUAUGUCGUAGUCAAUCGCAAUCACUUCGAUGUCCACCUGGUUAUGUUAUUGAUAUAAUAACUGCUGAUUAUGCAGCUAAACCUGAUGGAAAUAUCGGUACAGGUGCAUGUAUGUAUGAUAAAAAUGAUUGUUUUCAAAGUGAUACAUUAACAGUUCAAACAACAUGUGCUGGUAAACCAUCAUGUACAGUAUAUCAUUUUAUUAGAACGUUAACAGCAUGUCAAAGUCGAUCAGCAGCUUAUCUUCAUGUUCAUUAUGAAUGUAUACCUAGUGAUAUUCCAGAAAUAACUACAUAUGAUAUAUGUAAUAAUAAUACAUUACCACAAGCUGAUACUCGUCGUGGAUUUAUUGUAUCACCAAAUUUUCCAAAUACACAAGCUAAUCUUGAUUGUACAUUUAAUUUACAUACAUUAAAACCACAUCAAGAUAUACAUGUUUAUAUAGUUGAUAUGGAUUUAACUCCUAUACCUUUACUUGGACAAUCAUGUACAAAAGAUCGAUUAAUUAUUGAUGCUGAUAAUAAUAUUAUGGAAAUGUGUGGUAGAUCAUAUACAAAUUUUUUAAUUAAUACAUGUCAUGCAUCUGUAUCAUUUCAAUUAAUUCGAGCAUCUGAUGCUAAAGGACGUGGUGUUAAAUUUUAUUUUGAAUUUCGUGAACGACCUCCAACUGACGUUUGUCCUGUAUUAUAUACAACUACUGUACGUCCAUCAACAGCACCUACACCACCAAGACCAACAACACAACCAACACGUCCAGUAGAAUUUCCUCAUCCACCACCUCGUGAUAUCAAAACUUUAUGUUAUCCAGAUCUUUCAUCUUUAUUUGGUACAAAUAAUUUUCAAUGUCCAGCAGAUUAUAUAAUUGUUAUUCAACGAGCAUUCUACGGAAAAGGUACUCGUUGUACUUAUACUCCAGGUGAUUGUACAACUGAAGCUGAUAUUGUUUAUCGAACAUGUUCAGGAAAACAAGCAUGUUCAGUAUCAUUUAUAAAUACUGUUCCUAUACCAGAAUGUAAUAAUGGUAUAGCAAGUUAUCUUUUUGUUGAAUAUCAAUGUUUACCAACACCAACCAUUGUUGCAUCUAGUACAGAUUUAUGUACAGCUCAAAUAGAUAUAAUUAGUGGACCAAGUGGUAUGUUAAAAAGUCCAUCAUAUCCAACCUAUGCACAAUCACAAUGUGCUAAUGUAACAUUAAAUUCAAGUGAUUCUAAUAUGGUUAUGUAUAUGUAUUUACUUGAUCUUAAUAUUGAUCCAAUUGAUCCAACUACUGGUAGAUGUACAAAGGAUUAUUUAUCAUUGUCUUAUCAAUGUAAUAAUCUAUUAUAUACUAUGGAGUUAUGUGGUACACGUCCUACAGAACUUUUAUUUAGUACAUGUUCACCAACUGAUAAAAUCUUUGCUUCAUACAAUUUAGUAAGUCAAGAUUUUCAAUCUCAACGUGGUUUUGCAUUACUUUAUCAUCUUGUACCACAAUCAGCUAUACCUACACUUCCUUCAACACCAAGACCAACAACCCCAAUGAUAACAACAACUACAUUGAUACCUGGACCUGGUCCACUUAGUACAUCAAAUCAAGUUUCCACAACAUGUGUUGCAAAAUCUUUAACAAUACGAUGUGAACAACCUCAAUAUGGUCUAGUUAUACAUAAAGUAGAACUUGCUGCAGGUACACCAGGUACUUGUACUUAUUCAAGUCAAGAUUGUUUUGAAGAUCGUACUAAUUCAUAUAAUCCUUGUGGUGGUUUACCCACAUGUAGUAUGUAUGCACCUACUGGUCCAAUGAAAUCAUGUAAUAAUUCACAAUCAACUUAUUUAUAUGCUGAAUACCAAUGUAUACCAACUCGACCAAAACUUAAUCUUGAUGUUUGUGCAUCAGCAAAUACACAACAAAAAGUUGAUGGUGGUGCAAUUAUUUCGUCAAUAAAUUAUACAUCAGCAUCUCAACAAUGUGUAAUACAAUUACAAUCAAAUACAUUACUAGGCAGUCAACAUCGUAAAGGAUUUAGAGUCUAUAUUCUUUCAUUAAAUUUACCAAUGCAAAGUACAUUACGUGAACAAGGUGCACAAUGUAGUGAGAAUGGUCCACAUAUUGAAUUAAAUGAUUAUCAUGGAACUUCAACACGUUUAUGUGGUAAUGGUCAUGCACGUUAUCUAUUUGAAACAUGUGCAGAAACAAUUGAUAUUCGAUAUAAUAAUGUUCAAAUGAAUACAGGUACAACAAAAUAUAAAGGUUUUCAACUUUAUUUUGAAUCAAUUCUAAAUGAUAAAUGUCCAACAUUCCCACCAAUUCCAGCAACAACUCCAACUCCAACACCACCAUUAGCUAUUACAAAUGGUAUUGCUUGUGGAUUAACAGGUGGACGUGAACGUGCUGAUUUUAGUUGUACAGCUGAUCAUGGUCUCGUCUUUUUACAAUCCUACCAAUUUAUUACUAAACAACCUGAUAGAUGUGAUGUAAGUGAACAUACAUGUUAUUAUCCAAGUGAACAACCAGCAUCACAAUGUUCAGGUCAACAAGCAUGUUCAUAUAUUCAUGUAAUGCCAUCUAUGCCAACACAAACUGUUUGUGCAAAUCGACCAGGUGAUUCAGUUGAAUUUUAUUAUCAAUGUUUACCAAUGAGACCAUCAUCAUCAUAUCAUACAUAUACACUAUGUCAAGAUCAACAAACUUCACAAUCUAUGGGAUUUAUUCAAACAGCUGGCUAUCCAAAUACAUAUGCAAAUGGAGUACAACAGUGUUCAUUACGUAUUCCAUUACCAAAUGAUGGUCGAACAUAUUCAGUUUAUCUUUAUGUACUUGAUCUAUCUUUACGUGAUUAUUCAGUAAUAGAUCUAACGACUUCAGACAAAUGUUUUGAUUCAAUAAAAUACACCGAUGGAGGUCAAACAUAUGAAUUAUGUGGAAGAAUUGAUCAACCUGCAUUUAUAUAUAAUUCAAAUGAAAAAGCACUUAAUUUAACACUAAAUAUAUCAACAGCAGCACAACCAAGUGUAUGGAAUGAUUGGCAAGGUGCAAGAUUAUUUUAUAUUAUUGGAAAUCAAGCUUUACCACGUCCACCAACAUCUGUAACAACAACAUCAGCAGGACCAGAAAUAACAACAAGUACAAGAGAUCCUACUAUAACUGAUCCAACUCCAGACAAAAAACCAAGUCAUGGAGGUACUAUUGCCGGUGUUAUUAUUGGUGUUCUAGCAGUCAUAGCUGCUGUAAUUGGUUUUCUAUACUAUCGUCGUCGUAUAGCAACAGGAAGAGGUAAUGCACCUACUGUUUCAUAUGGUGCUGAUCAAAUUACUAUGGAAAAUCCUUUGGCAACUGCAAAAAAACCGACAGGUGGAAGUAUUCCAUCAAAAUCAUUCGGACCAUCAACAAUUACUAGUCCGUUUUAUCAAAAACCAGCAGCUACUGAAAAAGGAGAAAAUGAUGAUGCAGCGGAUGCUUGA